UGGGCUAUAUUUCAGUGAAAAGAGGAGAGGAAACUGAAAGAGAGAGACAGAGGAGGGGAAUCUCUUGCCUCUCUCUCUCCCUCUCUCCUAGGAGUUUGGUUGUUGUUGUUGCUUUUUUGUUGUUGUUGGAGGGAGGGUGGGAGUUACAUGUUUAAUCUCCCACCCUUUAUGAAUAUUUCCCUACUUUCCCCCCUCCUCUCCAUUACCUUUCACACUCCCUCUCUCUCUUGGAGGGAGGGAAAGCUGCCAGAUCUGGGUGCAUUAUCAUUAUUAUGAUGAUUUUUGUGUUUGUUUGCUGAUCCAGAUCAACUUUAUUUUUAAGAAAAGAAAAGAAGAAGAAAUCUGCAAAAAGAGAGAAAGAAAGAAGUAGUCCUCUUGUUGUGACUCUUUGCAAGGAAAAGGAGGAGGAGUGACUGACAUUUCCCAUCCGACUGUCAUUGAAGGGAGGAGGAAGAUGGGAAGCUGCACCAGGUUGGCUCUACAAGGAGAAAGAAAGCAAUAAUCAUCAUAAAAAUAAAGAUAAACUCACCAUCCAAAUCCACCAGUUUUUUUUUAUUAUUUUUAUUAUUAUUUUUGGCUCUCUUUUUGUUCUGAUUUUUAAGGAAAGGAGAGGAAAAGCCAGCGAGAAAGUUGCCGCUUGGAGAGACUCUUUGAUCUUGGAAAGAAAGAAGGAAGGAAAGAAAAAAAGGAAAGGAAGGAAAGGAUUGUGACGGACUCGGCUCCUCCACCUUCUCCUCCCGUUUUGCUGCCGGCUCCAAGGCGAAGAAGGGACCCUUGAAGAAGUCGUUAAGGAAAGAAGGGUGGAGGGAAGAAGAGGAGAAGGAGGAGAAGAAGGGAAGGAAGGAGGGAGGAAAAGGAAACAGGGACCUGGGCUGCGCGAAGCAGGACUCCAAGCCAAGCUCUCCUCCUCCUCCUCCUCCUCCUCUUCUUCCUUCCUUCCUUCCCUUCUUCUUCUUCGGCGGAGCUUUUCCCCCCAAGUAACUUUCUCAACCACGAAGAGGAGAAGGGUGUGUGCUUGUGUGUCUAUGUGUGUUGUGGUGUCGUUGUUGUGGAGGAGCCUGGGAAGGUCGAGAGCCCAGCCUUGUCAAUGAACACAUUCCCUCAGCCAGGUUUUGGAGAGGAGGAGGAGGAAGGAGAAGGAGAGGAGGAAGAAAAAAGGGCGACAACAAAUCCCAACACAACCACAACCAACACAACAACAACAACAGCCACCUGCUCGUGGCUGGAGGAGGAGGAGGAAACACCACCACCCCAUCAGGGCAAAGGGCGCCCAGGAGGAGCCAAACUUUCCCCCCUUUUGGGGAAGAAUUAGAAGUUGAAGCCUUGGGACACCUCUCUCUCUCUAUAUAUAUCGAUAUAUCGAUAUAUAUAUCUAUAUUUUAUCAUCAUCAUUAUUAUUACUAUUAUUAUGAUCGUGACGAUGCUGAGUGUUGUGUUUCUCCCUGCAUGACUGCAAGAGUGAGGGAUUGGAACUCACUACUGAAAAGGGAGGAGGAGGAAGGGAAGGAGAAAGAGAAGAAGGUGGAGGAGGAGGAGGAGAAGGUGGAGGAAAAGGAGGAGGAGGAGGAGGGCGGCUGAAGAGACGGCGGCAACAGCAGCAUGCCGAGGAGAAAGCAGCAAGCUCCCCGGCGCUCGGCAGCUUAUGUCCCUGAAGAAGAAUUGAAAGCAGCAGAAAUAGAUGAAGACAGUGUGGAGGAUGAUGGGCUACCUCUGGACUUCCAGGAAACGGAGUACAUGUGCAAUGAUGAAACAGAGAUCAAAGAGGCUCAGAGUUACCAGAACUCCCCUGUCAGCACAGCUACAAACCAAGAUGCAGGUUAUGGCUCACCAUUUAGUGAAAACAGUGACCAGCUGGCCCUUUUCAAAAGCACUUCCUCCAAAGAAGAGAAGGAAGAUCACCAGGGCUCGGACAAUGCUUCCUAUCCACAGGACAGCUUGGCACAAAUAAAAGCUGUUUAUGCAAAUUUGCUGUCAGAGUCUUGCUGGUCCAGUUUAGCUUUGGACUUAAAGAAAUCUAAGAGUAAUGAGAAUAUUCAGAAGGAAAAUACCACUAGUAGCAGCAGCAGCAGCAGCUCUAGUAACAAUACCCCAAAUACAUCUACCAGUACCAACACUAGUACCACUACAAGUAUCAGUAGUACUAGUAACAGUAACAGUGGUGGCUCAGGUUAUGACUGGCAUCAAGCGGCAUUGGCCAAAACUCUGCAGCAGACCUCAUCCUAUGGACUUCUCCCAGAACCUAGUCUAUUCAGCACAGUGCAGCUUUACAGGCAAAACAAUAAACUGUAUGGUUCUGUGUUUACUGGUGCCAGUAAGUUUCGGUGCAAAGACUGCAGUGCAGCGUAUGACACACUGGUGGAGCUAACAGUGCACAUGAAUGAAACUGGACAUUACCGGGAUGACAACCGAGAUAAGGAUGCUGAAAAGACCAAACGAUGGUCAAAACCCAGAAAACGAUCACUUAUGGAAAUGGAAGGCAAAGAGGAUGCCCAGAAAGUGCUUAAGUGCAUGUACUGUGGCCAUUCUUUUGAAUCCUUGCAGGACCUGAGUGUCCAUAUGAUAAAAACAAAGCAUUACCAGAAAGUGCCUCUGAAGGAACCAGUACCAGCCAUCACCAAACUGGUGCCUUCUACCAAAAAACGAGCACUUCAGGACUUAGCUUCACCUUGCUCACCUGAGCCAACGGCAGUUGCUUCAGAGACCACGCUUAAUGAGGCAGCAAAGGAUCAGAAAACUGCCAAUCCCUACGUAACGCCAAACAACCGUUAUGGCUAUCAAAAUGGUGCUAGCUACACUUGGCAGUUUGAGGCACGCAAAGCCCAAAUACUAAAAUGCAUGGAAUGUGGCAGUUCACAUGACACUUUGCAGCAGCUGACUGCUCACAUGAUGGUCACAGGACAUUUUUUGAAGGUAACUAAUUCUGCCUCCAAAAAAGGAAAACAGCUUGUACUGGAUCCUGUGGUAGAAGAAAAGAUACAGUCCAUACCAUUACCACCCACCACCCACACAAGAUUACCAGCUGCAAAUGUUAAAAAGCAGCCUGAUUCUCCUGCUGGAUCUACAACAUCUGAAGAAAAGAAAGAUCCAGAAAAGGAAAAGAUAGUUGUUGCUGAAACAGAGAAAAAAAUUAAAGAAGAGAAUGAGGACUCUUCAGAAAAAUUUGAACCAACAACUGUGUAUCAGUACCUCAGAGAAGAAGAUCUGGAUGAAAGUCCUAAAGGUGGGAUAGAUAUCUUGAAAUCCCUGGAAAAUACAGUGACAACAGCUAUUAGCAAGGCUCAGAAUGGGGCCCCUUCCUGGGGAGGAUAUCCUAGUAUCCAUGCAGCUUAUCAGCUUCCAGGGACAGUGAAACCCAGUCAGCCAGCUGUGCAGAGUGUUCAGAUGCAGCCAUCUUAUGCUAGCAGUGUAAAAUCGCUGUCUUCAGAACACAGUGCACUGAUCCAUUCACCAGGCAACCUGACACCUCCACCUCACAAAAGCAAUGUCUCUGCAAUGGAGGAGCUGGUGGAGAAGGUCACAGGCAAAAUCAAUAUUAAAAAAGAAGAAAAAACCACAGAGAAAGAGAAAUGUUCUCCAGUCAAGCCAUUGUCACCUGCUGCUAAGGAGAACAAAGACUUCCCUAAAUCAGAGGAACCAAAGCAACAGCCGCAGCAUCAGCAACCACAGCCACAGAAAAAGAGUCCUGAAAUAGAAGUUCAGAAGGUCAAAAAGGAUGGCUCAGCAGAUUCUCAUGCACUUAAUGGCAAUGAGCCACCUAAAGCAAAAGUCACCAAUGGUUGUAAUAACUUGGGUAUCAUCACAGACCAUUCACCUGAGCCAUCUUUCAUUAACCCCCUGAGUGCUUUACAGUCCAUCAUGAAUACCCAUUUAGGCAAAGUUUCUAAUCCUGCAAGUCCUUCUUUGGACCCGCUGGCCAUGUUGUAUAAAAUUAGCAACAGUAUGCUAGACAAACCCAUUUACCCAACAACUCCAGCCAAGCAAGCUGAUGCUAUUGACAGGUACUAUUAUGAGAACAGUGAUCAACCUAUUGAUUUAACGAAGUCCAAAAACAAGCCUCUGGUUUCCAGUGUGACUGAUUCUGUUUCAUCUCCUCUAAGGGAAAGUGCCCUAAUGGAUAUUUCUGACAUGGUGAAGAACCUCACAGGGCGUUUGACUCCCAAGUCUUCAACUCCAUCUUCUGUUUCAGAAAAAUCUGAUGCAGAUGGAAGUAGUUUUGAGGAGGCUCUGGACGAACUGUCUCCAGUACAUAAGAGGAAGGGUAGGCAAUCUAACUGGAAUCCUCAGCAUCUUCUGAUCCUUCAAGCCCAGUUUGCUUCUAGCUUGAGGGAGACUCCUGAAGGCAAAUACAUUAUGUCGGACCUAGGCCCUCAGGAGCGGGUACAUAUCUCUAAGUUUACUGGUCUUUCCAUGACCACAAUUAGCCACUGGCUGGCCAAUGUGAAGUAUCAGUUAAGAAGGACAGGUGGAACUAAGUUUUUAAAGAAUUUGGAUACAGGUCAUCCUGUUUUCUUUUGCAAUGAUUGUGCCUCUCAAUUCAGGACUGCUUCUACAUACAUAAGUCACUUGGAGACACAUUUAGGGUUCAGUUUAAAGGACCUGUCCAAAUUGCCACUAAGUCAGAUUCAAGAACAGCAGAAUGUUUCAAAAGUCCUCUCAAGUAAGACUUUAGGCACACUUGGAAUUGCUGAGGAGGACUCAGGCUCUACAUUCCAGUGUAAGCUGUGCAACCGAACUUUUGCAAGCAAGCAUGCAGUAAAACUGCACCUUAGUAAAACACAUGGCAAGUCUCCUGAGGACCAUCUGAUCUAUGUAACUGAGUUAGAAAAACAUUAGCGUCCAGGUAAGCAGCCAGGUAUGCAAGCGACCACAGGAACAUUGCACUAAACUUCUUCAUAGUACUGCACUAGGCCUGACCUGAGCCUCUAAAAUCAGUCUUACUUUUGUUGCUGAACUGCCUAUCUGGACCUUGGUUUUUCUUACAUACAUUUUGUAGUUAUAUUUAUAUGCUCUUUGUCUGAUCUGUGCAUGUUUUUUUAAAACCUCUUUUCUUUUCUUUCCUUUCCUUUUUCUGUGAGUCAAAGUCUGACCUUUAUUUUCAACAUCUGUCCUUGAUGUUAAGCUAUCUUUUGUAGAAUAUAGUGGGAGACACUAUUGAGAGAUGUUAAUUUAGCCGUAAAGAAAGGCACAAAGAAAAAUAACAAAAAGACAUCCUAAAAUUACAAAGUUGCCAUGACAAUAAAGGUCACAGAACCCCGUAGUGUCAGUUUUUAACCCUCUGAGAACAGUAAUAGCAUUUCUGUGCCUUUCCGAAAUGAAGUUUUUAAAAGGCAUUUUAUCCUAAUAGAGCUGGGUGAAAAACAAAACUUACCUGUAAUAAUUUUUAAGAUGUCAGAAAAGACUUUAAGAUGCAGUCUGAUUUAAAAUGCAGUCUGAUGAAAGAAUGUGUGCAGCUCUUUAACUAAGAUGAAAAUCUAUCAAGUGCUCAAGGGGUUAGAAAACCACAAACAUGUUUAAGACAACAGAAAUAAUAAACCAUGUUUCCACUAUGCCCAAAUUCUCCGGAUGCUGAAAAUUGCCAUGUGGUUGGCGAAUAAAGUAUGCAAGUUAUUUAAAAAAAAAUGUAAAAAUGCUAUUUCUUUUUCCUGUAAAAUACUGCAGUUUAUAGUUAUUUACAAAUGUAAGCUUUGGUACAAGCUGAUCUUUCUAUAGUGUGCUGCACUGGUACAUGAAAACAAAACAAACAACAAAAAAUGAGGCAAGUGUUGGAUUCAGUUCCUUGUAAAUUGCCAGCAUCAGCAUAGAAAAAAAAAGAUACAUGUUACAUAUCGUACCAUUUUAAACUGUUCAACUUCCUUUCUACCUUCUGGCUGUAUGCUUUCUCUUUUAACUUUUUAUAUUGUCAUUUUAUAUUCAAUUUCUGUGUAUAUAAUGUAAAACCACACUUUUUUUGAAUAAAAUUUAGUUCCUGCAGCUUGAGUUAAAUAGAGAAAUUUUCCUGGCACCUGCAUCUUCCCAGAUGCAUGUACUCAAAGGAACUAUCUGACAAAAUAAAUAAAUAAAAAUAAAGCAAGCAAUGCACUAUGAAUUAUACAUUCUGAUGUUUUAUCAUUAAUAUUGUACAGUACAUUUUUGGUUCACACAAUUAAAUCCACUGUUUUCUCAAGUGUAAAAUAAACCCACAUGAAGUUCUUGAUUUA